GAGCUUAAAGAAAGCUUCUGCACCACAAACUGAUACCAACAGGGACUUUUUAACCAUUUACUGACCUGCUGAGGACAUUUAUUACAGCGGCUUUUGUGUGUGCGCUGAGAAAAAAAAAAAAAAAAAGGGCAUGAUUUUCUUUGAGGUAAUUUUAGCGAAGCAUAUAAAAUGAGUAACAGCUUGAACUUGCGCUCGCUGAUGGUGCAGCUAACAAUAACUUAACACAGAGACGCAGAGACGCCCACACAAGCUGAGGAGAAGUCCGCUAUUAAAACACCAGACGGUGUUUCAGCGCCAGUGGCUAUCCUCCAUUCACCUCAGCUUACAGUCAGCCGAACCGAACCGAACCGAACCGAGCCUGCAGAGGGAAAACAAAGAUGCUCCUCGGAGGACAUGGAUUCCUAACAUCUUCUCUGGCAGCGGUGGAUUUUAUUAAGGGAAAUAUGACUUCUGAUCCUUUUGAAAAUACAUUUUGCAACUGCUUUUAGAUCGCUGAAAUUGCUUUAAAGACGCGCGUUUUGGAGUAUAUUUGGAGAUCAUCUGUGCGAGAAAAAGUCAAAUGGACCUCCUCGUCUUACUGCCCACCUUGACAAUGGACCCCAUAAAACUCAGUGGGUAGAGAUGUUUGCUUUGAGGCACUUUAACUCCUCGGCCUCUUCGCUUCAUCCUCAUUGGGGUAAUGGCAGUGCAGGUAUGGUGGAAGCCAUGGUGACAGAUAUGGAGCAUCAGCAGCAGGAAAAUGUCACUGCUUUGCAGAACCAAACCAGUGGUGCCAUGAUUGUGGUAUUGCCAAUGUCAUUAGGCAUCAUCUCCAAUACUGUGGCUCUUUUCAUCCUGGUAAAUGCCUACUCUCUGCAGCGCCGGCGCUCCAAAGCUACAUUCCUCUUGUUUGCCACUUCUCUGGUGAUAACAGACUUCUUUGGCCACGUGAUUCCAGGUGCCCUGGUUCUCAGACUCUACCUCAGUGGUGGAGCGAGCCCGGAGGACUCCUCUGAUAGCAUGUGCCAGUUCCUGGGUGGCAGCAUGGUCUUCUUUGGCCUCUGCCCUCUCUUCAUGGGCUGUGCCAUGGCUGCAGAGCGAUGCUUGGGCGUCACCAAACCGCUGCUGCACUCAUCCCUAGUCACCAAAACUCGCACAAAGGUCUGCCUGUCCGUCAUCUGGCUGGCAGCUCUGUCUGUGGCCUUGCUGCCCUGCUUCCAGCUAGGCUCGUACACCUAUCAGGAACCUAAGACCUGGUGCUUCAUCAAUGUGCUCAAUGACACCAUGGAGGUGGAUGUGGCAUUUGUGGUGCUUUUCUCUGGACUCGGCCUUACCUCGCUGGCUGUGGCGUUGGUGUGCAACACAAUCAGCGGACUGACACUGGUGCUGGCCCGAAUCAGGAGGCAGCCCGGUUCUCAUCAUUCAGCCCGCUCCCAUGACAUAGAGAUGGUGGUGCAGCUGGUUGGGAUCACGGUCACAUCAUGCAUCUGCUGGAGCCCUCUGCUGAUCUUAGCUCUGAUGUCAGUGAUCCAUUCCUCCAGCAAAAUUGUGGGUGAAAACCUGGCCUACUAUCAAACUCUGAUGCGCAUAGGAGUGAGGCUGGCCACGUGGAACCAGAUUCUUGACCCCUGGGUCUACAUCCUGCUGCGCCGCUCCGUCCUCCGCAAAAUCUACCUCAUUGUGAAGUGCCAGGCAGGCCUGAAGGACACCAUGAUAGGCCGCUGGGAGAAGAGCUUGUUUCCCAGCUUGGACCAGAAGGAAGUCAACCAAGUCUGACUAGAGGACGAUGGACUUUGCAGAUGUUUUUUUCUUAUGUUAUCAAGUCACUAAACCAACAAUCCUUCAUAAAUACAGACCUUAAAACUAGAUUGAAGGAGUAAAUCUUGUUGCCAUGAUAGGGAAGCAGUCCAGCUUCAGAGGUUUGCUUUCUAGAUCAAUCAGGAUUUUUUUCUAACACUGUUGGGUUUACCAGCAUGUCUUUUCCAUGACCUGAAAAACGCAAGCUAGCUAAGGUUGUCAUUUUGCACAAAAUAUAAUGAAUGAUCUGUUUACUUCCAAAAGGUGAAGAUUCCUUAUUUCUUUAUGAAUAAAAUGAAAGGAAAAAGACGUGUCUGAAUUCAGCACUAACCACACUUUGUCUCUAGAAACUCCCAGGUUUGCAGAAGGGAUAUUUGUAAAAUGAAAAGGUUUAAAAUCCAAUAGUGACUUUGACCAGCUUUGAAAGCUCUGAGAACUGCAUCAAUAUAACCAUCAGAGGGCGCUCUGGAGCAAAUCCAGAAAUAUUCCGGAGUGUCUUGCUAUUACUUAGUAUUCUGCUGAAUGUAAUUUAUUAAAGAAUGUCCAAUGUUGAUAUGUAAGUUUGUCUUUGUGUAUUAUUUUGUGUUUUUAAACAUCUAUGUAUGAAACAAUGUGCAUUUUUGUGAGUUAAUACUUGAAUGAUACCCUCAGUUUAAAAAAAAAAAUGUAACAGAAUGUAAAUAAAACAAUGCAAUGUGCUUUUACUCUAAAAUGUUGCACU